ACGGCUAUAAAAUUUGUGGAUUUUUUCAAGAAGAAAUACGACAGUCAACAUCUCGGGAAGAAACCUCUAUGUGGUCUCUGGAAACCUGCUAAUUAAGAGUCUUGAUGAUAUCCUUUCUUGUCGCUGCCGUAUUCGAUGUAGCAAUAACUGGCAUACAUUCACUACCAAAGACAGUGAGACAUAUAAAUCGACGCGAAAAGUGAAAAGUUGUGGAUUUUUUGGGAAGAUUGACAACACUGUCCUUACUGGUAACUCGGCGUGGUGUUUACGUACAAAAUUUCAAGAGCAACCAGAGGACGCCCGUCGUUCUCUAAGUCCUAUGUAGUGUUUCAUCGGAUCGUUUCGAUAUCGAGAGUUCGUUCAGCAUUCAAUAUUACUAUGCCGAUUCAUUCACUGCACACAGUUUAGAUCAAAGCAAAUCGACGCUAUGUCAGGUCGGAAAAAGAAAUUCCCCAGAACAAAACCAGACCCAGAUUAUGUUGCUGAAACGGGUGACGGCUCAAGUCCAGGUUCUGGUAUUGUUAACAUUAGAAGAGGCCGUGGUAGGCCACGUAAAGAUGGCACGCUUCCAGUGCCGAGAAAAAAGAUACCUCAUCCGAUGCUGAGAGAGAGAUACCCGGGAGAUGAUGACAACAAUGUUGUCAUGGCAACGGAUGCAGCUUGCUCAUCUCGAGAAUCUGUAGUAUCUGACGUUUGUGAUUCUCUGACGGGAAGUUUAGAUCUUCAACAAAUCACAGAUUUAAAAGAAGAGUAUUUUGAAGACUCCAACAUGAUGCCAUCCCAUGGAUAUGAUGAUAGUUACCAUGACGAUCAUAGAACAUUUAGUGAUGUCUCGCAUUAUGGAUUAUGUUCUGAACCAUAUUUAACCGAUGAAACAUCUCAACCUCUCUCUGAUAUUGGAAGAAUAUGUGCAUUAUGCUGCUGUGGUGAAAAAAGUUUACUUGGCCAAGGUGAUAUUUUAAGAUUUGAUCCUACCCCUGGAUUUAACCCUUUUAAGAAGAUGUUACCUAGGCAACGACGACCUACAGAGGACGGUCAAGAAUUGCAAUACAAUGAACGAAGUCCAAGACAUUGGACGACAAGAAGACAAAGGGGACCACCAAAAACGACUAGGGAUAGAAGUAAAUCGCCACGUCGUACAAAUCCUCACAGUGUCGUUAUGGGUGAAGACGGCAAACCACCGGUGAUUGUUGAUGAACUUAGUCGAGUUGGACAUCAGGAAGAACCAGAUCUAAAUAUUGUAUUUGAACCAUCAGGUCACACUGUUGCACACCAUUGCUGCGCUGCCUGGUCUGAGGGGGUGUGUCAGAAUGAGAAUCUUCAGCUUAUUAAUGUAGAUAAAGCAGUCUUCUCAGGGAUAUCCCAACGCUGUAGUUAUUGUAAGAAAUACGGUGCCACUGUAGUGUGUCGUGUUCACAGAUGUGCUAAAAUUUAUCAUUACCCGUGUGCUGCCAGUAGUGGGGCAUUCCAGGUAAGCGCUGAUAUGGAAAUUAAAGACAUGCUGUUAUUUUGUCCAGAUCACUUAGAUCAAGCAGAGGCUCAUGCUGCUGAAGAAGAAGCGAAUUGUGUUGUAUGUGAUAGUCCCGGUGACAUGAUGGAGCAGUUAUUCUGUACAAGUUGUGGUCAACACUAUCAUGGUAGUUGUCUGGAUCCUCCAGUUGAUGUUAAUCCAGUAGUCCGGGCAGGAUGGCAGUGUCCGGAGUGCAAGAUAUGUCAAACAUGCAGACAACCUGGAGAUGAUAAUAAAAUGUUAGUAUGUGACACAUGUGACAAAGGUUACCAUACGUUUUGUUUACGUCCUGUCAUGCAAACUAUACCAAAGAAUGGCUGGAAAUGUAAAAAUUGUCGAAUUUGUACUGACUGUGGUUCAAGAACACCUGGUAGCGGACCAAGUUCGCGAUGGCAUCUUAAUUACAGUGUUUGUGAUAGCUGUUAUCAACAACGAAAUAAAGGUCUAUGUUGUCCUAUAUGUGGGAAAGCUUAUAGACAGCAUACAGCACAUAAUGCUAUGAUUCAGUGUGAAAGUUGUAAAAAAUGGGUUCAUGUAGAUUGCGAUGAAAGCAUUGAUAUUUCAGUGUAUCAACAACUGAAAGAUGAUAAAUUAACUACUAUAUAUAAUUGCGUAGACUGUAGAAAUAAAGACCCAAAUCAACAGCAUGAAAUACUGAGUGAUUCAGAAAACCUCCUUGAAAUAACAGAUAGUAAUUCGGGAUAUCCUGCAGCAAAUGUAGAUACGGACAGUAAUAUGACUGAAACUGAUAUCAUAUCAGACACGCAACAGAUAGACGAUGACCCUGAUUAUAUUCCAAUUGGAUUACAUAUGGACAUGCCUGAACAAUCAUUAUUGCCUCGUAUUCUGGAUGACGGAAUGGACACGGAAAGUCAUCAGAGUUCACAAGAUUUAUGCGGUAUGACUAACGAGGACAGUAUGAAUAGCGCAGAUGUGGAUUACGAUCCCGGUCUACGAAGCUCCGCGUUCAUGCAGAAGGAUUUAUCAAGUAGUUCAGCAAGUCUGUCGUCUUUACUUGCUUGUAAUAAGCGUAUACAAGGAAUGGGUAAACCAAUGAAAAGAAGACUUGGUGCUGGAAGACCACGGAAAGUUUUCUCAUCGCAUGGACGAGGCAUUGCGUUAAAUAAAAGACGACGACAUACUGCUCCACCUGGUAAACGAGGACCUAAACCAAAAAUAAGACACCCUGGAUUACAGCCGAGCAUACAAAUAAGUGAAACAAAACCUCAGGACAGCGGCAACGAGAAAAAUAAGGAAGAGGAAGAUACAGGAAUGCAUACCACAGUUGUCUUGUUUUCUGUCAAAGAUAAAUUUACACUUACUCAGGAUAUGUGUGUUAGCUGUGGCAGCUUUGGUAGAGAUGCAGAAGGGCGUCUGUUAACAUGUUCUCAGUGCGGACAAUGUUAUCAUCCAUACUGCGUUAAUAUUAAGAUCACUAAAGUGGUUCUUUCUAAAGGCUGGCGUUGUUUGGAUUGCACAGUGUGUGAAGGAUGCGGAAAAGCUAGCGAUGAAGGAAGACUUUUACUGUGUGAUGACUGUGAUAUUAGUUAUCAUACUUACUGUCUUGAACCACCACUUCAAAAUGUACCAAAAGGUGGAUGGAAAUGUAAAUGGUGUGUUUGCUGUACAAAGUGUGGUGCUACAUCACCAGGCUUCAACUCAGAAUGGCAGAAUAAUUACACACAGUGUGGUCCAUGUUCUAGUUUAUUAACAUGUCCUGUAUGUUUUAAAGAAUACAAAGAAGAUGAACUUAUUAUUCAAUGUGUUCAGUGUUAUAGAUGGCUUCAUGCUGAAUGUGAUGGAUUUCAUAAUGAAGACGAUAUUGAAAGAGCAGCUGAUCAGGGUUACCAUUGUUUAUUAUGUAGACCAACUACAGAACCUGCAUUAAAACCACCACCACCACCACCCCCACUACCCAUAGAAGAAUCCCCUUCACCUGUAACACAACUAGAAUCUUCAAAACCAAGUCAACAGUACUCAGUGGAAGGCAUCUAUUUAACUGAAUCCGGCUUUAAUCAGAUCAAGAGUCUAUCACUAUUACCGCCACAUCGGCGGAAACAGAGAACCCGAAACAGAUUCCGUCCUGGCCCAUUAUCUGUUUUUAAAGACCAAGUCAAACUUAGUGAACUGGAUCAAUCAAGUGAACCAGCUGCACGAGAUUCAGACGCAGAACAAGAUGAAGAAAAGGCAGACGGCAGCGGUGGUGAUGAUAAUGCCUCCCUUACAGAUCCCAGUUUUAAGAAGAGGAAAAGGAGACCGUACCGACCAGGAAUUGGAGGGUUUAUAGUUCGGCCGCGUGGCCGUGGUGGAUUUUUAAAUAAACUGGCAAAUAGAAAAAUAUCAGCUAUUCUUGAUAGGCAGUUGUAUAACCAAAAUUCUCAAGAAGGUGAAAUGGGUGGGGAUGAGCAAGGUCACUCGGAACAAGGACCUGAUGGAAUGGGUGAAAAAAAGAAAAGGAAACGACGAAAGAAAACUCAACUAGAACAUGCCUUUCCAACCUACUUGCAGGAGGCAUUUUUUGGGAAAAGUUUACUGACAUCGAGCAAACAUGCCAAGGGAGCAACUGACCUUUCAGCUGAGUUUGACAUUACAAAUAAAGAACAAGCAGCACUGAUGGACACUGCCCAACCUAAGACUCUACCUGUACCCCUACCCGUAGUGCCAACCUCUGUUGCUAUGACGACGACCACAACCACAACUGAUGUAGCACAGAAUGAGAAUGUUGACGGAAAUGACUUGGGAAACACAGACGACCCGUUGAAUUUUCUACCACACGAUGAUGAAUUAUUCGGCAUCCUGAGUGAUCUCAAUAAGGAUACAUCUGCUAUUGACAUAGGUGCAGUGACUGAAGUUGCUACACCAGACACUGUUGCUACUAGAGAUGCCGCAAGAACCACCUCUACUAGUGAUCAAAUGGCAGAGUUAGACGUGGAUGAUAUUGAUAAAAUAGUCACAGAAGGACUUGCCCAAAUGGAUGGCAAAGAAAUGGACGAGAUUCUAUCUGGAAUGUUGAGUCCACAUGAACAAACAAAUACACAAACUCAUCUCCACCCAGAAGGUGGUGAAAUUCCUUUCUCGAUUGGUGAAAAUGCUGUAGUUUCCACCAGUACCACUGUUGUUACAUCACAGACACUGGGUCCACAGCAAAGACCAACACCACCGACAACGCUGCCAUUACAUCCCUCAUUUCCACCGCAGCAGCCUCCGCCACCACCACCUCAUCCACACCAUCAUAUGGGUAUGGGUAAUCCGGUAUUCAGUCCCGAUUUCACACCACCGCAAAGUCCGUGGCCAACGCCGCCAGUGUCUGAACCCGAUGUGGAGACAUUAACAUAUAACCAACGCAAUGUUCUGAAAUGGGAGAAAGAUGAACCACUUGGGGAGAUGGCUACCAUAUCAGCUGUAUUAUAUGCAAAUAUUAACUAUCCAGAUCUACAUAAAGAAUACCCAGAUUGGACGAGUAGAGCUAAACAGAUUGCUAAAAUAUGGAGAAAGGCAUCAACUGAUGAAAGAGCGCCAUUCUUACAAAGAGCUCGUGAAAAUCGAGCUGCGCAAAGACUCAAAGAAGCACAAAAGGUAUGGAAAAUUAAAGAUCUACAGUCACCAUCACGAGUGAGUGUUGCUGUUAUA